AUGCGGCGUGUCGCUGUCAAGUAUGUCCCCCGCUUGCUUACCAUUGAGCAGGAAAAAAAAAAAAAAAACAUCGCAUCGAAGUCUGUCAAGAUGUCCUCCAGCGCGCCGUUGAUGAUCCAUCCUUCAUGUCGAGGAUCAUCCCCGGUGACGAGAGUUAGAUUUACAGAUGCGAGCCUGAGGCGAAGCCACUGUCGACAUUUUUUAUUUCUUCCCUUUAUUUAUUUACGCUUCUAUUUCUUUAUUACUUCUUUCUUUUUUCUUUUCUUUUUUCUUCGUCCCUUUCAUAUUCAUUCUUUUUAUUCUUUCUUUCUUAAUUUGCUCAGUAUUUUAGUCAACCAGCCUUUUUUUCUGCCUUCCACCUUCUUUCUUUCUUUUCUUACUUUUCAUGCACCAUUUCCUAUGCCUUCAGACCCAAACAUUAUAAUUUCAUCAAGCAAUUCCUUUAAAGUUUCGCGUUUGCAGCUCUUUCCUCAAAAUCGGUGUAGAACUUUCCUUCCUUUCGACAGUCUCAUAACUUUCUGUUUAAGACUGUUUCUUUUCUUCGGUAAACCAUUUUCUUCGUUUCUUCAUCCAAAACUCUGUUUUCAUCUAAUAUUCAUUUUCUUUUUCCUACUAAAUACUCGACAUAUUUUCUUUCUGUUUUUUUUCUUUCUUUUACUGUCUUAUUGA